UUGUUCGAGUCUUUAGAUGAAACGUUAAAAAUGUACAAGAUGAAAAUAGCAGUAACUAUUUUCUUGUUGAUGAUCAUUGUGGAUACAUGUUGUUGUACAAGUUUGGAGUUGCAUACAGAUGUUGUUCUCUUCGGGGCACUUGGAGACCUGUCCAAUAAGUAUUUAUGGCAGAGCUUUUUCCAACUCUUUUUGAGUGAACAAAAUAACAACAAAACAUUUUCGUUUUACGGAAUUUCCAGAGAUGGGGAUGAAGAAGGAUCCAAAAGACUGUCCAAAAUUUUGGAUGAUGUUAGCUGUAAAGGAGAAAUUAGCACUUUCUGUGGGGUAAAACUACUAGAAUUCAGACAGCUUGUUGAGUAUGUACAACUAAAAACUGAAAAUCAGUUUCAAAUGUUUGGAAAACUGACUUUGAAAAAUGAAAUUAAAAAACCAAACCAGAAACUUGGGAGGAUAUUUUAUCUGGCUCUUCCUCCAAAUGUGUAUUCUUCAGUUGCUGGUAAACUCUCAUCUUGUUGCAAGCUAAAUGCUAGCCACUCCUGGUCUAGAUUAGUCUUAGAAAAACCUUUUGGAAGUGAUCUGCAGUCAGCACUUGCCAUGGCAACAGAAAUUGGGAAAUAUUUUACUGAGGAGGAAAUCUACAGAGUGGACCACUAUUUAGCAAAGUCAGUGGUAAAACAAAUUCUACCUUUCAGAACAAGGAAUGCUGAAAAAUUGGAAUCAAUUCUGAAUAAUGAACAAGUAGAAAGAAUUGAAAUAGCAAUGAAAGAGACAAUCGAUGUCAGAGGUAGGAUAGAAUUUUAUGACAAGUAUGGAGUAAUCCGGGAUGUCAUGCAAAACCAUCUGACAGAGUUACUUGCCUUGGUGACAAUGGAGCUUCCAAACAAGUUAGAAAAUGACUCAGAAGCCAACAAGAAUAAAAACAAAUUACUUACUCAAGUGGAAGUGUUAAAGGAGGAGCAAGUUUUGACUGGACAAUAUUCAAAAUAUUUACACCAUGCAGAACAAGAAAAAUCAAAUAUAUCAGUGUCUGUUUAUACCCCAACAUUUGCAGCAGCUUUGUUAAAUAUUGAUUCCCCAAGAUGGCAUGGUGUUCCCAUUAUCAUGAUGUCUGGGAAGGCUCUAGAUGAGAGAUCCAGCUACAUUAGAAUUAUAUUCAAAGACAAUAUAAUGUGUGUAUGUGGAUGUAAAUCUUUCAAUGUUUCUCAACACAGUGCUAAACAAAUCAUCUUCCAAAUUAACCCGGGAAGUUUACCCACUGUUGGCAUAUUGGUAUCAAAGAACCUGUUUUCUCCACAGUUAACAGAGGGACUGGAAGACAUGGUUGUGACUUCACAGGAAUCUUUUGUUUUUGGACAAAGUUUGAAUGAGUUUUAUUUUGUGGUUCCAAAGAAGGAUGAGAAUGCAUAUGUGACAGUUGUUCGGGAUCUUUAUUUGGGAGAUAAGAAAAGUUUUGUGACAACGGAAGGCUUACAAAACUUAUGGAAAAUAUGGAGCCCUGUUGUAGAAAAAAUUAAAAACAGAUAUCCCAGACUUUAUUUGGAAAAUAAUGAUGUUUCUUUAAAUUUUCAUUAUGGCAAUAAGAUUUUAAAAUAUGUGGACAAAAAAUAUGAUUUAGUUGAGGAUGAAUUAUUAGAUAGAAAAAAGUCAUCAAUUUCUUCAAUUCCAUCACAUUUUCUAGGUCAUAUGUUGCAUGUAAAACCAGAAAAACAAUUGUAUAUUUCAUUAGCUGAGAAUAUCUAUAGGACUGCUACAGAGACUGCAGCAAAAUCUGGAGGGUUCCACAUUGCUUUAUCAGGAGGAACAAGUUCCAUCCCACUAUACAGAACCAUACUGAAAAGAUUUCCCAAAUUUCCAUGGAAAUGGACACAUAUUUGGCAAGUGGAUGAGAGAUGUGUGCCAUACAAUGACCAACAGUCAAACUUUAGGACUAUUGAUGAAGAACUAUUACAGCAUAUUCAAAUCCCAUUUGAUAAUAUCCAUAUAAUGAGGGUGGACAUUAGGGGUAUUCUUUGUUCAAAAUUAAGUGAAGAAGAAUACGAAGCAGAGUUGAUUCACCACAUAUCAAAGUUACAAAUGGACUUCAUAAUUCUGGGCAUGGGACAAGAUGGGCACACUGCAUCUCUUUUCCCAAGUUCAGCAUUGCUUAAAGAUUAUAAUAAAUUGGUUGCCAUGACCACAACUGAGGCUAGUCCCAAAAGAAUGACUUUACUGUAUUCUGUUAUAAAUAAGGCCAAAAAUAUUGCGGUUAUAGUGAAUGGACAUCAUAAACAUGAUAUAGUUGACAUUCUAGGUAGAAGUGAAGGAAAAUCAGUAAAUGAUUAUCCUAUUUUGGGUGUGAAUUCUCAGUUUGGAAAUGUAACAUUUUAUAUUGAUAAUAAUGCAUGGUUUGGAAAAUAAAGAUCUCACCAGAACACA